AUGACCCCCCCAACAACCCGACAAUGGCUCGCAUCCCUCCUCGAACCCGGCCAAAUCCUGUCCAUGGCCAUGAAGAGCUACCUGAUCGUAUGCCUAGAAGCCAUUCUCGAAGGCCGCAUCCUAGCCCCUCUCCUCGAGACCCAGCGCCUGCGCGACGAAGCCUUCGGCCGGUUCUGGGUAGCGUUUAGCGAGCCAAACCAGCAACAACAUUCGCAACCCUCAAACCAGGAACACCACGACGACACGCCAGCAGAAAUCCAAGGCUCCGCCGACCUCAUCCCGCCCCUCCUCGCCACCGCGCGCGGCAUCACCCUCGACCUGGGCCCCGGCACCGGCACGCAGAUGCCCCACCUCCGCUCGCCGGCCAUCACCGCCCUCUACGGCGUCGAACCCUGCCAUCAUCUGCACGCGACCCUGCGCGCCCGCGCGGAGGCGGAGGGCGUCGGGGAGAAGUACACGAUUCUCGGGUGUAGCGCUGCGCCGGAGCAGUUGGUCCCCGUGUUGCGGGAGCGGGGUCUCGUGGAUGGAAGUGGGGCGGGACGGGUCGAUACCAUCCUCUGCGUGCGGGUGCUGUGCUCGGUGCCGGAUUUGGCGGGGACGGUGCGCGGGCUGUAUUCGUUGCUCAAGCCGGGUGGGCGGGUCAUUGUGGUCGAGCAUGUGGUUAAUUCGGGGUUGAGGGGGGCAGGGUCCGUCGUGGCUAGGGUCGUGCAGGGGCUGUAUGAGUUGUUGGGGUGGCGGUGGUUUGUUGGGGAUUGUUGUUUGACCAGGGAUACGGAGGGGGCGCUGAGGGGCGCGGCGGCGGAGGAUGGCGGGUGGGGCAGGGUCGAGCUGCGGAGGUAUUUUGGGGAGGGGGUUAUGCCGUAUGUUGCUGGGGUGUUGGUUAAGAAGGGGGAGGGAGAGGGGGAGAACGAAGGGACGGUGGAUGAGGGGUUGCGGAGGAGGUGA